AUGCUGUGGCUAAUUUUAGAUGCCGAAUUGUUGGAUUUUCUGGAGCAUUAUUGCGAUGUUUACCCUAGCUCGGAGGAUUUACUUAUGGAGCUUUUUUUUGCCUCAGUCCGCUGCCUUGAUUUUAAACGGGCAAAUCAAACCCAAUCGGACAAGUACUUGAUUUGGUCCAUUUUGGCGCUGUACAAUCAGGCCCAAGUAACCGAAAAAAAGGGGCCCGAGGAAAUUUCUCUGGACCUUGUUAAGAAAAUGCUUCAUAAGGCGGUUUCCGAAGGCCGCCUCAAGUCAUUCCAAGACUAUUGCCUGUGUAUGCUUCUUCCCACCAAAGAUCCCGCCUUUAUGAGUAUGCUCUCCUCAAUCCCAGAGAAUAUUUUCCCCACAUCUUUGGAUAGCACUAAAUGGAAGGCCCAGGUGUUGUUCCAUCAAAAGGCCCAUGCUUCUCUUGUUGAAUAUUGCAAACUUAACGAUUGGGAGGUUGUGGUUUUGUACUUGGAUUCCAUUGCGGCGUUGAAAAAUGAAGUGUCGCAAAAUCCCCAAGACAUCUUCUUUUGGGAAACCGAGGACUUGCCAGAUAAAAAGAGCAAUGUCUCCGCUUUGGCUCGCAUUGAAUUUGCACAUAAAACCGAGGAUCCAAGGCUCCACGAAUAUUUGUCCUCUUACUUUUCCAAGUUUGGACACAAGGAUUCUUGCUUUUCAUAUCUUCAACCAUAUCUGCAUCCACUCAGCACAUUUGCCGAGGUUACCGCAGCAUUUAUCAACUCGCACAAAGACGAAAGCCCUUUCUGCGAAGAAUCGAUCGCUAGGCUUUUGUCAGCCUACAAGUUUAAUGAAUAUUUUCUUCAGAAUUUGAACCCAGCGUCGCUCAGUAUUUCUUGUAGCGAAUAUUUAAAGCAAUACGGAAAAUCAAAGGCGUGCUGCCAAAAGCCUUUUGGAGAUUUUAUCUUUCUGGCCAUUCUAUGUGCCAUUAGAAAGAAUGCAAAAGAACAACAGCAGGUUCUUCAAAAUCAAAAUCAGGCUCUUGAAAAUGAAAAGCAACUAAACGGCGAAAAGCCCGAUCUCGUAUUGCCAUAUGAAUUCCUGAUGAAUUGUGCCGUGCUGGCGCUAUUUGGACUUUGUGAUGACGACUCGAACUUUAUUUUAAAGCUUUUUGCAAUUUUCUUGCUGCGAGAGCUUGGGGCAGUUUCGUUUGCCUUGUCCCUGUACGAUUCUUUGAACGUAAAGUUCAUUCAACUAGACAUUUUGUCAUAUGUUGUGCUGGAUUGGAUUCCGCUUAUUGGGUUCAAGGAGGAGGUAUUCCGUAUCCAAAAAGGGCUUCUUUCCUUGUAUGAAAACAAUGAUAGCGAGACCCCGGAAUUGCUUUGCGAGGCAUAUCGACAUGGAUCCUUUUCCCAAGUUCCUGAAUUUCUCGAUCUGCAUCUUCAAUUGAAGUACUCUAUCCAGCGCAAAAUCGGCGAAAUCUCCGCGUGCCAAGCGGACUGUUUGCAGCUUGCAUCAAAGUCAAACAUUGAGCAAUUCUUUUCCUCUUUAAAGCUUCCUAUAGUGUUUAAGACGAUCGUAGAUAACCGCCCUUUUCUUGACCUGUUUCCCACAUGGAGCGCAUUUCCGUGGUUUGCAGAGUUUUUGAAAAAGUAUUCACCCAAGGAAACGUCCUGGAUCGAAACAUGCUAUGCCAUACUUUUAGCCAUGAAAUCAUGUUUCGUCCCAUAUGAUUCUGUUGAUGAUUUGAUCAUUCAGCCAACAUUAAGGGAUUCUUCAGAUCAAAUUAUCCUAUUCUCGCAAGAGUUAACCACGGACGUGCUGAAUAUCGAUCCAUUGAUAUUUGCUCUCUUGAAUGUUGUCAAGGAAAUCCUCAAUGGAGAUCAUGUGUUGUCAUUAAAUUGGAUCUCCAAAAUCGUCGAUUUGAUGGACAAGCAGUUGAAAGCGGACGUUGCAUCUGCACGCCCUUGCAUGCAGACGCCAGAUGUGAUUCUUGUAAGGCUUGAAAGUUUUGUUGAAAUCAUACACUACCUUACCAUUUUCUUGGUGGGACUAUACAAAAAAAUCUCAUCGUCUUCCAAUCACGAAGCGAUUUGCCUUCAAAAUCUAGACACAUUAAGAUCAACUUGCCUGGCCGUUACUGAGUUGAUUCCUGGCAUCAUUGCCUACAUUGAGGGCCAUUCUUCUGUUCAUCUACCUGAGGAGGUCGCGUUUCCGCUGGCCCCAGAGGAUCUGGACGCAAGCUAUCAUGAAUCGCUACUGGAGCCCAUGGUAUGUUGA